UCGAUGAUUCGAAGCCGCACGCAGCUCGACUGGCUCGCCCCGCCCCGACUACAGAAGACACACUCAGCUAUAUUCACGCUUUCAACUUUGAAAAGCAACAGCAAAAAGAUUCAGGAUGCCUCAUCAAUACCCGUUCCUCACCACAGAGCAGAAGAAGGAGCUCUCUGACAUCGCUCGGAGGAUCGUAGCCCCAGGCAAGGGUAUCCUGGCUGCUGACGAAUCCACAGGCAGCAUGGAUAAGCGCAUGGCCCAGAUCAACACGGAGAACACGGAGGAGAACCGGCGGUUUUACCGGCAGCUGCUGUUCAGCGCGGACGACCGCGUGAAGCCCUGCAUCGGGGGGGUGAUCUUCUUCCACGAGACCUUCUACCAGAAAACGGACUGCGGGCGGCAAUUCACUGAGUACGUGAAGAGCCGGGACAUGGUCGUGGGGAUCAAGGUUGACAAGGGUGUCGUUCCUCUGGCUGGCACUAAUGGAGAGACUACCACCCAAGGUCUGGACGGGCUGUACGAGCGCUGUGCCCAGUACAAGAAGGACGGCGCAGACUUUGCGAAGUGGCGCUGCGUGCUGAAGAUCACCCCGACCACGCCCUCCCACCUUGCCAUCAUAGAGAACGCCAAUGUGCUCGCCCGCUACGCCAGCAUCUGCCAGAUGCAUGGUAUUGUCCCAAUUGUGGAGCCAGAGAUCCUGCCCGACGGAGAUCAUGAUCUGAAGCGCUGUCAGUACGUGACGGAGAAGGUUCUUGCUGCAGUGUACAAGGCGCUGUCUGAUCAUCACGUCUAUCUCGAGGGGACUCUCCUCAAACCCAACAUGGUCACCGCCGGUCAGGCCUGCACCCACAAAUACACCGCCCAGGAGAUCGCCAUGGCAACUGUCACCGCCCUGCGCCGCACCGUGCCCCCCGCAGUGCCAGGCAUCACCUUCCUGUCUGGUGGGCAGAGUGAGGAGGACGCCUCCAUCAAUCUGAACGCCAUCAACCAGUGCCCUCUGCCCAAGCCCUGGGCCCUCACCUUCUCCUACGGGAGAGCUCUGCAGGCAUCUGCUCUCAAAGCAUGGGGUGGGAAGAAAGAGAACGCCAAGGCAGCCCAGGAGGAAUACAUCAAGAGAGCGCUGAGCAACAGCCAGGCUUCCCUUGGCAAGUACAUGGGUACUGCUGGUAAGGGAGCUGCAGCCAGCGAAUCACUGUUUGUUGCCGGCCACGCCUACUAAACAAGCCCCGCCUCCCAGCAAUGUCAUAAUCCACUGAGGCCCCGCCCACACUCCCAAGAUUGAAAGGAGGGUCGAAUAACCACCGGUUCAAUCAUGUGCCUCUGUCUCUGUGUGUUUACAGCUGUUAUGUUGUAGUGUGUUUAUUCCCUGUGAGUUGUUUUAUAAUAUCCUGUCUCCCGGUAAACACUUCAACAUGGUUAUAAUUCAAGAACUGGUGUGUGUCUUCUGUGUGUCGAAGUAUUGAUUCAAAUUGAAAAUUCUAAAUUAAAGAAUAGCUGACAAAUCUA